UAGGCUCUAAUUCAACCCUGCUUUAAAGUAUACGAAAUGUACUUCUUCAUAAGGUUGUGUUUUUUAUAUCGUGAAACAGUUGGAACACGUGUUAUGUUAUCUUCAUAAUAUGAUUAUAUCUUUGCUGUAGUGCACGUCAAUUGUCAUUUAUUUGUCAUUACAAGAAGAUUUAAUGCACAACAAUAAUGAAUACUUUAAGAAAAAUAGAGCAAAUCAUUGAAUUGUGUCUUGUACCAAAACUUAACAAGAACUAUGAUGAAUGCAAAAAUCAUUCAGAAUUUGGAAUACGCAAUAAAAACUUAGAUAAAAACUUUUACCUACUCCAAAAACAACUGGAGGCUAUUAAUUUCAGGAACUGUAAUAAUCCCGAAUCAGUUAUAUCACAACUAUUGAUAUUGUAUUUUGAGCUAUCAAGUAAAAACACAUGGGACGAAGCAAAUUGUUUGAAGUGCUCUGAAAAAUUAAAUUCCUAUUUUCAAACAUUCUAUGAAAUAAAUCUUUCUAAUGUAAUAUUUCAAAAUGCUGUAUUUAACCAUCAAGAAAUUUUUGACAAAUGUUUCGAAAAUUUACACAAGAAAUUGUCUCCGGCUGAAUUCAAAAAGUAUCCAACUCAAAUUGAUGUAUAUCUUAGACUGAUCAAAAAUAUUAAAAGAUACAAUGUGACUAUAGUUCCCUCAAAAAUACUACCAACAUCUCUUAAUCUAAUAGAUGACUAUAUAAUAGAGAAUAAGUUGAACGGAUUGAAGUCUUGUCUUUCCAUAUUGCAGUGCUUGAAUAAUGAUGCAUUUGAGCAGGGAAAUUACUUUGAAGUAGUAUAUAUAAGUCUCAGGAAACUUAUAACAGAAAAAGACAAUGAAGCAACAAAAUUGGUUUUUGAAUGUUUAUUAGCAUUGUAUAAUAUUCUACCAGCUGAUAGUAAGAAACAAAAACUAGAUGAAAUGUACAACGCAGUCCUGGACCAACUUAUUAUUGAAUCUAAUUUGUACAGAAAAGCUGAAUGUCUAAAGUUUACAAAGACUAUAAUAUCAAUUCACAAAAUACACUGUUGCAGUAGAAUAAUAUUUUUUGCCAUAAUUUCCGAUAACUUAGAUUUGUGCUGUAAUGAAGCUGUAAGUGAAGUAUUGCUGGAAACCGUGUUAGAGACUUUAAAAGAAUGGAUAAAAUAUUGUUGGUGUGUAUGGAAAUUUUCUGUGGGACAUAAAAUUCUUUCCAAUCUUUUUAAAGUAUUAUAUUGUUGUAAAGAUGAACAGUUAGUACCAGAGAUGCAUAAUAUAAUUGUGACAUUAAUAAAAUUGUGUGAUGAUGCAGAGAAAAAGAGCAUUAUAAAUAAUUUGGAAAUUGUUGAUUGCACUAUUAAAAAUGAUUUUAUAAACAGGAUAAAUGCAAUAAAAUGUGAUGUAAAAUAAAAGAUUCUUUAUUUUUAAGAAGAAGAAUGUUAUGUAAGAAAAUAUAACUCUCCAGUAACAAAUGCUUAGUGUUAUCAUAAAAUAACAGUCCUGUUUUGCAAAUCAUUCAAUUUCAAUAAACAAAUAUAUAACAGUAUAAUUAUUACAAGAAAUAAAACAUUUAU